ACUGCCAUCUGCUGUGCUGGAGCAAUAUCGACUCCGUGUUGCUCAAGUGAUUUUCGAUGCUGGUUUUACAACGCCACCCAGCGGUAUAAAUCGUAAAUUGAGUCAAAAAGGAUUUACUAGUUCGUGAUGGGCUGGGUUGGAUUUAAAAUAUUAUUUUUGGCUUAUUUUUCUAAAUCAACAAACUAACAGGUUAACACUUGCCCCUCUGCAAAAGCAGCCACAAAAGGCUCACUAUAUGGACGUAUCAUGUACCGCAGAGGGACAACAACUAGGCUCCCACAAAACAGAUUGACAGUGCAAUUUAUUAUAGUAGCCUACUUUUUAAUCCUGACGAAGGCAAAAUAACUUUGAUUUAUUUGAAGCCUGGGUUGCAUUCAUUUUGUUUUAAAAUGGUAGCAGAAAUUGCAUAGAACACUGCAAAGCAUUUAGCAAUGCAGUCAAAUCAGUCAUUCUGAUGCAUAAUACUUUUGCAUUUAGACUUGGAAUUACACUAAACUAACAUUAUCUUCUGCUAACAUUAUCAGCACGUUUUGUCAGUGUGUGGUGGAGGACCGGGUCACUACGUUGUCAAGGUAAUGGACGCACACUGUGAAGAAAGGGCCUUUGCUGAUUGGCUUGCAAGCUUGCGACAUCUCGAAUUUCGAUCGAAUCCUGACAUCUGAUUGGUCAGAUCGUUUAUCCCGUAUGAAAAGCGGUUUAGGAGCCAUUCAAGGUUUACAACAGCAAACCCCAGUGAUUUAUCCAGAUAACCUCACGUAACUAUUUGCUAGCUACAGCUAUAACUAUUUCAUCCAUAAAGCUGCAGAGGUUAGUGUGGCUGGUGUGCAGGCUGAGGAGGUGUAGCUUCAGCAGGGGGUGAGGGGAGGAGGAGGUGGAGGAGCUGUCUUUGGGGAACCAGCAGGAGCCAGGCCAUAUCAGUACACCAGCUCAGCUGCAGGAAGAGCAGUACCAGCAGGGCCCCACACUGGAGACAACAGAGGACCACACACAGCAUGCAGAGAGCAUCAUCGAAAACCUGCAGAGGAAGAUCACGUCACUAGAGGGCGCUAUCACCAAAGUGACACCUGUAAGACCACGACUGGUACCACUAUAUUGCAUUCUAAUUGAACAGGCAUAAAGAAAAUAGUAUAAUCAAUAGCCUACAUUUACCAUCCACCCUGGCUUCUGGGUUCUGGGCUAUGUCUCAGGAUAGCGAGUCGGCAGACACUGAACCAAUAGAACUUGAGACCCAGCUGAACCCCACAGUAGAGCAGAAUCAGGAGCAGGACCUGCAGGCCUUACUGGACCAGUUGCACCAGGAGAGAGACAGUCUGAACAGACUGGUGCAGAAGCUCAGCCUCACAGAGAGAGAGCAGGUCCUGUUCACAGAGCCAGGCGGCAGGGGCAAACGUGGCUCUCGUCUGGACAGCUUCUUGCGGAGCGUGGAGGAGGAGAGGGACUACUACAGACAGGAAGCAGACAGCCUGAGGAGGAUGCUGAGGGGCAGGUGCUCCUGUAGCCCCUGUCGGGGGCACCUCCAGAGCCGCAGCCCGACCCGCCAGUCCCCUGUCAAGGGGGGCAGCUAUGAUUCUGAGCUGAUCAGGGUCUUGAGAGAGCGGGACGAGAUGCAGAACAUGCUGGAUAAGUAUGAGCGCCACCUGUCAGAGAUCCAGGCCAACGUGAAAGUUCUGACUGCCGACAGAGACAAGACCAGCAUGCACUACCAGCAGGCCCAGCAGGAGAUAGCGUCGCUGCGUCGCGAGGUACUGAAAUCCAAGUCGUCGCGCGCAGAUAAGAGCAGUGUUACUGUGUCAGCUCAGAGCAUCCUGAAGCGCGUGGAGGCGGAGAGAGACGAGGCCAAGGUCGACCUCCACCGUAUGAGCACAGAGAGGGACAGUCUGAGGGAGAGACUCAAGACCUCUCAGGAGACAGCCAUCAGUGAGAGGGCUCAUCUGGAGCAGAGGGUGGAGGACCUGCAGACAGCCAUUCUCACUCUGGAGCAUGAGCGGGGGGACCAGAAGAGCCGUCUUGCCCUGAUGAGGGAGUCCAUGAUGGGGCUAGAGGAGGAGGUCCACACCCUGGGCAGGAAGCUGGCCGCUGCUGAGGACGAACACAGCAGGACCAGGAACGAGUGUGUCAUGCUGAGACUGUCCAACAGUGAGACACAGAACGCCCUGAGUGACAGCCAGCGCAGACUGACCUCCCGCAUCGGAGAACUACAGACCUCCCAGGAGAGGAACAAACUGCUGGACGAGAAGAACGACUCUCUACUGAGGCAGAUGUCUGGUCUAAGAGAGGAGGUGAGCAGUUUACAGUCCACCAUCACUGACCUGGACCAGAGGAGAGACUCCCUGCAGGAGCAGCUGGAGAACAAGACUGACCUCCUUAACUCAGCCCACAACCAGCUGGACGACAACGAGAAAACCAUCAGGAAUCUCAGGUUGUCCAUUGAGGAGCUGGAGACAUCAGCAGAGAGCGUUCGUGAGGAUCUGGCAGGGCGGGAGAGGGAGCUGGAGGCUUUGAGGAGGAGGGUGGGGGAUGCGGAGGAGGAGCUGGGGGCUUUGGCCAAGGUGAAGGAUUCCACCCUGAGGGAGAAUGCUCAACUCCGAGAGGAACUGGACAGGAGCCGCCUCAACAACCAGGCCCUGGAGCUGAAUUCUGAGGACUCUGCCCAGGAGGUGCAUGAGCUGCAGAGGAAGGUACAGGACUAUGUGGCUGACAUCUCCCGCAUCGAGAACCUGCUGUCCACCAAGGAGCGGGAGUGCAGGGAGCACCAGGAGGCUCGGCGGCGUGCGUCGGCCCAGGCCGAGAGCUGGGAGGGACAGGCGCGGCAGGCGGAGGGGAGCAUCAGCGAGCUGAGGCUGGAGCUGAUGUCCUCAGACAUGGAGAGACGCAGACUCAAGGAGAAGGUGGAGGCUCUGGAGGCCAGUCUGCAGGAGGCGUUGUCUGCAGAGCGGAGCUGCAGCAGCCAGGUGUCUCAGCUCAACAGGAGUCUGCUGCACACUGAGGAGCAGUUGAGACAGGCCCAGGGGGAACACACCGCCACUCAGACUGACCUGGAGAAGACCAGGGAGCUCUGUGUCAAACUGGACGCCAGCAAGGAGGCUGUGCAGUGUGAGCUGGAGCUGCUCAUGAAGCAGCUUUCCAGUGAGCGUCUGAGCAUGAAGAGCCUGGAAUCCAUGCUGGUGUCCACCAGGGAGAAGGAGCUACACCGACAGCUCAGCUCCCAGGAGAGACACACGGAGAUCCAGCUGCUCAGGGACAAACUCACCGCGGCCGACAGCAAGGCGAGCUCUCAGCGUAGAGAGGUGACUACAUUGAGUACUCGUUCGGCACAGCUAGAGGCUGACCUGGACAUGACCAAAAGACAGCUAUCUACUGAGCGGUUUGAGAGGGAGAGGGCAGUGCAGGAGCUGCGUCGUCAGGGUCUGUCGUCAUCGUCCUCUGGCCUGCAUCCCUCCUCCCCUCACCUGCGUCGCUCCCUCAGCCCCAGCAGGCCCCUGUGGUCCACCCCAGACCACCUGGCCAGAGAGAGAUCCCCAGAGAGGAGCCUGGGGUUCAAGGACCUCUACGACUGAACAGAUCUCUCUCUGGAGGAAAGACAACCCAACCUUCUCUCUAGUCCUACUGUGCUAUGAUGUCGUUCUUCAACUCAAACCCUGUGAUGUCAUGAUCAGGACCUCAGGUUCAGAACAACCCUCCUAGACCGGAAAUAGUUUCAACAAGUGUCAUCUCAAAUGUAUUUUUUAUAAAAUUUUACAAAUGAACUGGCAUCACUGUGUUUGGUUGUGUGCAUUGAUCUGUAAAAUGAGUGACCAUUCAGUAUAUUUUUGAUGAAGAUUUGAUUUAUUGUUGCUGUUGCCUCAACUUACUGUUGAGAGUUAGAAUAGUAGACGGUGCAAUUGUGCAUCAGUAGUUUUUCUCUUGUAAUGUCAGUCACUGAUGGUCACUUAAUUAGACCGUCAGCAAAUUUGAGUUAUGAUUGGUAAGUUAGUCGAGCCAUCUAAACUUAUAGUAAUCAUGGUCAGAUUACCGACUGGCGGCCACCAUUGAUAUUGUAAUUCACUCUCACUCAGAUAUAUUAAAAACUGCAAUUAUUUCUCUCCAACCUAUGGCAAAAUUCAUAGAAUUGCAGGAAAUUAGCUGUAACACUGCUAAUUUUUCUCUGCCCCAUUGCAUAAUGAGCAGAAUUGCAUGAAAUUAGCCUAGUGGUUAGAGCGUUGGGCCAGUAACCGAAAGGUUGCUGGAUCGAAUCCCUGAGCUGACGAGGUAAAAAUCUGUCGUUCUGCCCGUGAACACGGCAGUUAACACACUGUUCCCCGGUAGGACUUCAUUGUAAAUAAGAAUUUGUUCUUAACUGACUUGCCUAGUUAACUAAAGGUUAAAUACAUUUUUUUAAAUAAAAUAUACAAUUUCUAAGUCUU